GAACAAGUUGCGUCAGUUAGGUUUGAAUCAAGUCAUAAUAAAAGCAAAUAAUUGACGAAGAAUCAUAACGACUUAAUAAUCGACUGAAUCAAUAACCUCUCGGGUCGAAUACCGGCCGAGUCAUUGAAUCGGGUUAGUUUUGAAUCGAAUUUGGGUGAAGACUAGUCUAAACUCAAGAACUUUCAUCAAUAAAAAAACCAAAAACAGAUUAGGGAGACAUAUCCACACCACUCAUAAACUUUCUUUCCACGCUGUGGAAAAAAUGACUCCACGAAGGCCCUACAAACAUGACCCCAAGUCAAUAAGUCAACCAUCCAAUUGAAUACUCAUAUGAACUUGACUUCAUCAAUUUCCAUCCCCCCAACUUGAAACAAAAGCAUCUUCUUUAUAAUCACUAUCAUCUUCAUCAUUCUUUCUGCACAAUCCACCCUGAAUCCCAAGCAAAAAUGGCCAAAAACCAUUCACCAUUUCCCUUCCUUCUCCUCAAAGUUUCGAUCUUUAGCUUCCUUUUACCACUCUCGUCAGCUUAUUCUUCCUCCAUACUACCUUCUUACACUCACCAUUGCAGCUUAACAGUCCCACCUUCUCCACCCACAGAACAAGAGGUCACCACGAUCCCUUUCCCUCCAAACCAGGACGGUUACUACGUCGGCGGAGAUGGGAUUUCCAACCUCACCAGCAGCUCCAACUCUUCUUCUUCUUACUCGUAUUUCGAUUCGGGAGCCCGGAAAAUCUUCCUCUUCAGAACCCACCACGUCCACAAAACAGAGUCCCCUGAAGUCUACAAAAUCACGGCCGACUUGGUCCUCGAAACUUCAGGGAUGAGGCACUACAGCGACUUCACCUCUUUUAGCUACUCUUACUCUCCUCAUGUGAUCGUUAAUGGAGUCCAGAAGGGCCCCUUGACGUUUCAAAUGGAAGGGUUUUGGUCCCCUAGCAGCGGGAAGAUGUGUAUGGUUGGGUUUGGCGAUGUCUUGGAUGGCGACGAUAUGGAGUAUGGUCAUGGUCGUGGGCGUGGUCGUUUUUCUGGAAUUUUGAAGAUGAUGAACGUCAAGGGCUCGAGCGAGCUGACGAGUCUGGUGACAGGGACGUUGCAGAGUGACGUGGGCGAGGCGUGGAGCUACGAGCCUGUCUCGAUGCUGCUGAUCCCCAGGAUCAACUAUGAGUACAAACACGUAAGGGGUGAUGGCAAGAGCUGUGGUGGUGGUAGUGGUGAUGUUCUUCCUCCAAGCCAUGACUCUCUGAGUUUGCCAUUGAGCACAUCCAUUUGCUCUCCUUUCUUCUCUUCGUACUAUCCCCUUCGUCUAAACUAUGCCAAACCUUGCAAUGUCUCUUCUUCUUCUCCAGCCAAAAAUUGCAACCCAUUGGAGAACCAUCAUGGUGAUUCCAAUCAUUUGGCUCGUUUCGUGUCAUUGAGGCCCUUCCAAUGUUCGGACGAGAAGCAAAGUUUGAGGUUCCUAAUGGAGUUCUCGAACAACAGCAACAUUGACUACUACCAUCCAUUCUCACCCAACACAACCCUAGUCUCAGAAGGAACGUGGAAUGCCAAGAACAACAGGUUGUGCAUUGUGGCUUGCAGAAUCCGGGAUGCCACCAACGUGUCGUUUAUUACUUCGAAGAUCGAGGAUUGUUCGAUCAGAAUGAGCUUGAGUUUUCCUGAAACUUGGUCGAUGGGUAACACUAGCACCAUGGUUGGUGAGAUCUGGAGUAGCUUGGAUGCAGGGGACUCUGGCUACUUCCAUCCAAUUUUGGUGAAGGAUCGUGGGUACAAACAAAGAGGGCUUCCAGGGUUGAAGUAUGAAUACACUAUGGUUGAAAAAGCGAAUGCUUCUUGUUCAAAGGUUAGCAAGAUCAAUGGUGGCAAAAUCAAGCAGUUUCCAAAUGGUGGAUCUGACGAAAUGAGGUUUGAUAUGUCUUUCAAGGACUCUGUUGGGAGGAUGAAAGGUGGAUGGGGGAGAGCUGAGCCGAUCUUUGUUGGCGAUCAAGUCCCUCAUUGGAAUCUCGGUGGUGGGGUGACCAUCAUGAGCUCGGACAACGAUCGAGCUCCUGCAAAAUUCAGGCCGCCUAGCAAACCAGUGAACAUUAGUUAUAGCAUUGGUUACACGCCAUUCAAUCUCAAUGCUACUUCAAGUGAGAAUGGGUUUUGGGUUUCAGCUGAAGGAGUUUAUGAAGCUGAAACAGGACACCUUUGUAUGGUUGGCUGCAAGUUUGCCUCCUCAUCUACGUCAAGAUACAAUAUGGCUGAAGAAUUGGACGAAGAUUCCAAGGAUUGCGAGGUUUUGAUCAUGGUUGAUUUCCCCUCGAUGGAUUCGAACGAGAACAUUCAAGGAAGGAUCGAAAGCACGAGGGAGAAAGCAACGGAUCCUCUGUACUUUGAGCCUUUGGUUUUCAUUGCAUCUUCCUUCUACGGUCAACGGGCGAGGGAGUCCGUGUGGAGGAUGGAUUUGGAGGUCACAAUGGCUCUAAUCUCCAAUACUCUAUUAUGUGUCUUCGUGUGUUACCAAAUCUUUCAUGUCAGGAGGAACCCUGAUGUGUUCCCUUUCCUCUCCUUCCUCAUGCUCACGGUGCUCGCCUUGGGGCACCUAAUCCCUCUGGUGCUCAACUUUGACGAGUUGUUCUUGAGAAAGCAAGAACGACGUGGACGGUUUUAUUAUUGGAGGAGCACAGGGAAAUUGGAAGCCGAUGAGGUGAUCUUGAGGGUUGUCACCAUGAUCGUACUCAUCUUGCAUCUGAGGCUCUUACAACUUACUUGGCUUGCAAGGCAAGCCAACAAAGACAAGAAGGCCUCAAUCAGGCCGGCCGAAACAAAGGCACUCCUUAUCACUUUACCAUUAUAUUUUGCUGGAGCUCUCAUUGCUCUAGGCAUCAACUGGAAGCACUACGAAUUCGGGGCAAAUAGCCAAGGUAGUCAUCGUGUGAUGCAUCGAUCUCUCGGCAACCAACAACAACACUCGAUCUUGACGGAUCUGAGGUCGUACGCUGGCCUCUUGCUCGACGGCUUCCUUCUUCCUCAGAUCCUGCUCAACAUUUUCCAUGGCUCAACCCCUCAAACCCCGGUCCUUUCUCGCCUUUUCUACGUGGGGACCACGCUCACUAGACUGGUGCCACAUGGGUAUGACCUCUUCCGGGCUCAAAACUUCGCGGAGUACUUCGAUUGGUCAUACAUCUAUGCCAACCCUGAAGCUGACUACUACUCUACGUGGAGCGAUGUGGUUAUUCCUCUGGUGUGCUUGAUGUUUGCUGUGAUCAUUUACCUACAGCAGCGAUUUGGUGGUCGUUGCUUCCUCCCCAAGAAAUUAAGGGUGGUGGAAGGAAUGUAUCAGAAGGUGGCCGUGACAGAUGAUGAAGAGCAGUUGGAGGAGAAGUCUCAUGUUGUUGGUCACCUUCCAUCAGUUUGAUACGUAUUAUUGUGCCUAGUACUAAUUAACUCUGCCAUUCCCCUGCUUUUUUCAUUUCUUUCCAAGUGGAAUCAUGCUUCUUGAUUUUGCUACUUCUGCUCUUUAAAUGCAUAAUGAUUGUCUACGAGUUUUUGACGAAAUGUUAACUGAAUCUGGAAAACGGUUUGAGUUGGAUGGGAGAUUUGGGAUCGAUUUGCACUGAACUUAAUAUAAUCAGAUUAGGCUU